AUGUUCCUGAGACCCCGUCCAGUAAAUGCUAGAACUCAGAACAGAUCGUUUGUUCCGCAACGCGAGACUGCGUCUCUUCGUACACUGCGCAGGGGUAUUGUACGUUCAGAUAGAGAAAACUACUUUAAUAAGAAGGCUUUGGAAACGGAGAGGGUAUCGCAACCGAUGCACGAGGUUGAACAGAGGAAACCGGCUGUCGGUGGGCAGCUUCACGUACACCACCGGUUAUUGCGACAAGUCGGCACCGCCCGUUUGUUUUCAUCUUGCACUAGAGUUUUCCUUCAUAAUAAGAGAAUGAUUCUUGAUCUGUAA